AAACAGACCCUGUUUCCCUCCCUGUAGUCCUUGGUGGUGAUGAAAAUGUCCUCUGAUUUGUAGUUUAACUUGAAAUACGCAGAUGACUACAAAAAUAUACGCUGGGUAUCAUCAGCAAGCCCAAUUUUUUUCUCCCUCUUCCUCCCCUUGCAGAUGCACGCAGCUCAGCGCUCCUCGCCGUGCUCAGCUCAGUCUUGAGUGGCGCGGCUGUAGCAGCAGAAUAUUUGGCUGUAAACAGAGACACACGGUGCUGUAGUCUCGAUGCGAAACGCAGGCUUUUAGGAGACGGUGAGUGCAUCGAGAGGGGGAUUUUUAUUGCAGAGAGAGGCUCGUGUCAUCAGUGCAAGCUGGUGAGGGAACACCAUUUUCUUCAUUUUUGGGGGAAUGUGUCUUUUCUCGCUCUUCUCUUGCUUAAUGUGCGCGCCGAUCCGAUCCGAUCCCUUCCGAUCCGAUCCCAACCUCGUUUGUGCUUGAUCGUUUUUUGUGUCCGUUUUGUUGUCUUUUGGUUAAUGUCAUUUUUGGAUAUCAUCACGUAGGAGAGUCAGGGAGCGAGACAGCUAGAGAAAGCGCGAUGAGAAGAGAGAGAGAGGGAGACAGAGAGAGAGAGAGGGGGGAAAAAAACAAGGGAUCCCAGCUGAAAAUGUAAGAGGAUUUUUAUUUAGCAGGCACUGAAAGAGAGAUUAGGACGACAGCAGUGGAAGUUAAAUUGUGCUGCAUAUAAAAUGGGCGGGCUGCUCUUUCUAUCAGGUUGGUACAGCCUAUUCUAAAAUUAAACGGUCUGCGCUUGGAUGAAGUCUCCGUCUACUCUCUUUACGAUUAAUGAACUAAAAGCUUUAUUUUGACAGAGAUCUGGUUGCAUUAAUCCAGAUUUGUUAGUUUAGGACAUUUUUGUGUGUUGUUGCCGACAGACUGAGAGAGUUGAACUCACUACAGCAUCACCAAUGAACAGUGAGAGAGACCUGCGCAUAUCGUCAGCAGCCGCUUCUCCAGCCUCAAGCUAAAAUUCGUCAGAUCUGAGAUCACAGAGGAUUUUUUCUCAUUCAGACCCGGCUAGGAAGAGAUAUUCUGAAAAGUUUGAGGAUAUAGCCAGCGGACACCGAAUAUAACCCCGACUCAUCUGCUGUAAGUGAUUUUCUCCCAUUUUCUCGCCCUUUUUUUCAUCCGGCAAAAGGAAGAAGAAGAAGGGGGGAGAGAGAGGGGAGUAACACUCGGAUUUAGAGAGAGAGCGACGGUUCUCUGCUGCUGGACGCCGCUUGAAUCCAAGACGAGUUUUAUUGGGGGAGAAAAGGGGGGAGUCUGCCGUCGAAAUUGGGACCGUUUAAGGUGAUAUUUUAUGACCACACCGGAGGCGUUUGACGCUUUGAACAGGCUGGUUUUUUCAGCACCACGGACAGCGCUCCGAACAAAACACAGCAUCAACGCACAUUUGCUUAAUUACUCCGCCACGCACGGAUUGGAUCGCCAUGCAUGUAUUUAGAGCAGCCUUGCAGAGGGAUGCCAGUUGCAUGCUUAAAUUUCUCUCCAGCUGAUAUGUCCAAAUGGAGACAGAGACAGAGAGAGAGAUGGGGGGUGACAUUUCCUCUGAAUAACUUAGAAAGUGUGCUUGUGCGGGAUUUUCUCUUCCAUUCGUUAAUCUGCAUCAUCCCUCCUGCUUUGUCAAAUCCUUGUCAACCGACAGAUUUGAUUUGAUUUUUAUUUCAUGUCAAGAGGGCAUUGUGCGUCCCCCCCUCCUCGUCUUCCAUCCGCUCUCAGUGCACCUUGGAACAUCACAAGCAAGUAUAACAGAGGCAUUGUCUCGUUAUGUAGGAUGAGAAUUUCACGAUAUGCUGCUUUAUAGCGCUUUUCUCCAAGUGGAAAACUGGUCGCCUCGUGGACACAUCGAUUGUUCCUUCAUUAAAAAAAAGAAAACGGACCGUAAAUCCGAGUAUUGUGUUUUGCAUGCGCAAUAGCGCAGGCUAAUUGCUCCCAUACUUUAUGACCUGGCUGACAUCAUAGCUUAAUGAUCGAGGAAGAAGCGGACGCUCGGAAUUUUGAGGGGAUUUGGGCUUGAUAUUGCGGUAUGGUGCGUUUCACAUUGCAGGGUAUUAGGAGGAGGCUGUGCACAGGUGCUACAAGCUCACACGGGCUGUUAUGUGGUCGAUGAUGUGUUGCCUUGUUAUGUCUUCUUAAUCAUUAUGCGCUACAGAUGCAGCCAUAGUCAGGCGUGCGUAUUGAGCGUCAGCUAUGAAAGUCCUAUUUACACUGGAUCCCUUUCCCCCCAUCAUCGACUCGCUGAGCAGAUAUUUCAACCCCGCUCUCCCACAUAGUUAGGGUGUAGAAUAUGUCUCUGUCAGGUUGACGGAUAAUUCUCAAUGAUGAUGUAAAUCUUGGAGGGGGCGCCUGUGUCAAGUGGCAUGUGAUGGCCCAACGCAUGUGGCAGGGCCAUUUGGUUUGAUUCAUGCGCUGUCAGUGAAUCUGUGAGGGAUGUUAAGGAGCAAAAACCUCCCAUAAAACAUCUCCACCGGGACAAGGUCUUCAUUCCUCACAGCUUGCACCUCAGCUCUUGUUGCUUUGGCACAUCUACAUGUUUGUUGACACUAUGAUGUGGGGACAAGUUGUUGGGGGGUUCAUGGUGGAUUUCUGGCUCCUCUGACUUGGUAAUGAUGCUCAUUUCUCUCUCCCUCUCUCUCUCUCACUUUCUGUCUUUGACCUCUAGCAGUGAAAGGUCCUCAUAUUGCAACUAUGUGUGGACGGAGCAGGACGGCCCUUCUGUGUCUGUGGGCUUGCUGGCUCGCCGCCACCAGCGUUCUGGGUGGAAAAAGGUAAGAAGCAGCUUUGGCUUACAAACAUACCUGUAUAGUUCUUAACCGUAGAAUCUAAAAUGUCACAUAAAAGAAAACCAAAGUGUACUUUUUGAUAGACUUCCUCCUACUUUUUGACCAAAAGACUCAAAAUUUUCACCGUAACUUGAAGAGGUUUCGCCAAAAUCGCGGCGACAUUGUUGUUUUGCGGCUUUAACGAUCAAAAUCAAGACUUUUAAUCGCAGCUCCAAACAAAAAUAGUCAAAGAAAUCUACAAUGACCAAUGUUUGAUCACCUGCUAUGAUAUUGUGUCUUCCUCAUGCACCCCUCAGAGAGCUGUCUUUGUAACUGGGGCAUCCCCAAAGGACGCUACACGCUCAUAAUUGCAUGAAAGUAUUAAGAAGAUGAAGAUGAGGAGCAAAAAUAGACACCCUCCACUUGUUAUGGUUCUCUAUCCUUGUGGCACAACAUCUCCAACCUCACUUUCCCAAAACCUGCAAGCUGUGUGUGAGUCUGUGCGUGCGUGCGUGGCUCAGUGAUAUUUGGCACACUUUGGCGCACAUGUGUUGGUGACAGUGACCGCAGGGACAGUAGGGUCCAUGUUCAGACACACUUCUCAAUGUCAACUCGGAUGUGUCGGAUGUCACCUAACCAGAAGCAGACGCACAGUGAGAGAGAGAGAGAGAAAGAGAGAGAGAGUGAGGUGGAAAGGAAGAGAGAUAGAGUGAGUGAUUGGAUGAGAGAUGACAGCAAUAAGAUUCAGUGUCAUGUGACUUGCAACUGCAUUAAUUCCCACAUGAUUCAAAUGCAGGGCAGGCUGGCAUGUGUGGCAGAGUUUAAAACAUCAUGAUUAGGAUGCGCUGGUUGGAUUCAUGUGGGUAACUUUGGCAGUAAAUAAACACACAGGCAUGGGAAAUGUAGGAGGGAGAACUCAGAGCUUGGAUAUCAUUUGGUUUUUGUGGAGGAUCUUGGAGAAACUGACAGGAUCUCACUCAUACGCACGGCUGAAUAAUUCAGGAGAGCUGUCAUAGGUGGUCGUCUUGACAUCUCGAGAUGGUCCACGCUUCUCCUUUCUUAGUGACAACCACAAACAUCUACACGUUCAUCCUGAGAGCGUGCAGAACGCAGAUGGGACGUGCCCUAAUUUGAAUGUACAAUACAUCUGCGAACCGGGUUUGCGCCGACUUAUAGUGAGAAAAAAAGGAGAGGCUGUGAUUUACUGCAGGUUGGAGAGAAUGUGAGAAAGUACAGGAGGAGCUGUCACCACAAAACUGCAAAGUAAUUAUCAUCCAAAGAUUUACCUUAUCAACCAAACGCCUAUCCUGUCUUUUGAAGGGAAAUACACGAGCACUCUCUCACUCACACACACACACCUUUAGGGAUCUCAACAAGACACGGUAAUCAGGAGGACCUAACAGAGAAAUAAUUAGAUAUCCAAGUGAAGGAAGGGAGAGAAAGAAAGAGAGAGAAAUAGAGAGAGAGACGUUCACAGAGUGAGUGUGAACGGCACUGUUGCUGUUCAGAUGACCUGUAGAUGGGGAUGGUGUACAAUGUUUUAUGAGGAAGUGGCCCCCUGGCUGAUAAACAUGUGUAUUCUUCUUCUUCUUCUCCAUUAUUUCCUCCUUUCUUUGACACACAACCUUCAAACACCUCCUUUGCAUCUACUCUCAUGUGUAAAAACCUGUUUUCUCCUAAAAAUGUGGGGUUAUUUUCACCGGUCGGGGUUUGAAUUCAGGUAAACCGAACUCACGGGUCAGAAAGUCUGCCUCUUGAUCUCAUUUUUACUUCUUAAUGUCUUGUAUCUAAGGAUGAAUUUCCUCCAACAUAUUAAGUGCGUUUGGAUUAUUUUUGAACUUGUGAAUACCGAGGGAUAGAGCAGUUCGUUUCCUCUGUUUAUGGAGACUAAAACAAGCAGACUGUAACCCUCAGGCCAGACCAAAAAAACUGUUUCGGCAUCGUGAUGUGAUUUGGCAAAUUGGAAAUGUGUGAAUAAAUGUAGAAAGACGGAAUAUUAAGAAGGAAGGAGGAGGAGGAGUAGGAGGAGGCGGAGGAGGUUGUGUUUUAAUUUUGCCUCCGCUGAUUUGCUUUCCUUAUUUAUUCCUAAUUGGCUUCUCAGACCUGAAGAAGACGGAUUAAUUAUUGUUUUGAAUCUGAGUGAUUCAAAGUCGUUACCUCUGAAAAUGACGCUGAGUAAAAUUGCUCAUCACAGUUAGUACAGUUUUAGAGCUGGCUUUGGUUUCCACUCUGUUCUGGUUACUUUUGUUUUUUUUUUUCCUGCUACAUGCGAAUGAAGUGAAAUUGGUGGCGGAGAGAGAUUCAUAUUAACCCUUUUAUACAAAUCCAUGUGUGACGUGGUUGGCGCAUCCCUAUUUUCUAUAGCAAACUGUUUAGCGGCUCAAAGUCAAAGCUGCAGGAUCCGCUUCAAUCCUGUGAGCCGCGUCUUCUCGAGAAGACGGCUUCCCACUUUCACUCAACAGAAUCCUCACCUCAUCCCAACCUCUACCUUUUAUCUCUCCCUCCGCCAUCUCUGCCAUCUCCAUCUUUUUUUUGUCUCUCCUUACAGACGCCACUCUCCCUUCCUUUGGUCCCCUCUAAACUAAUCUUGAUGACCUCUCCUUCUCCUUGCAGAGCCCCGUUUCCAAACACUUUUUUUUAUUUAACAUGCAAUCAAACCUUACACUACUGUGCAGGAAAAAAAAAAAAGAGGGCGGACUUAAUUGCUUGGCGCCACACAAAAGCAGAGCCUUUCAUCUGAUUGUUAUCAGCGUAAACACACAUGCAAACAUAUGCAGGGAUAAGUACACAAGCAGUCAUCCGGAGCAGAGAAUAUGUGCAUGCAUUAAAUCAGGUAGUGCAAACACACACGAGCAAACAUUCCUGUGGCGUUCCUGCAUAUAUGAUGCACAAUUAAGGGGGCUGUAUGCCUGAUUAUGAGAGUGUUAAAAUAUUUAUGCUUGGAGAUGCUGCAAACGCGGCUCUCACAAUCGCCCAUCGUGACGGUUUUUGGGCGUCGCUCGAAGCGUUUUUGUUUCAUGUUGGAAGGCCUGUAUGGUCUAUGGAAGACCAGAUUAAGGUGUACAUAAUGCAGUCUGAUUCCUCUAUUCUCUCAGUCGCUGAGUUUGGAGAUUUUUUAUAACUUUAUUUUUAUCUAUAUAGCACCUUUAAAAACAGAUGUUUCCAAAGUGCUUUAACAGAAGUGGGCAGUUCCAGAUUGGCGUUUGGUGGUUGAUGGCGUCACAUCAGGAAGGUGAAAAGAAAGAAGGAGGAUAGAGACAGAUAAAAGAGGAAGAGAAAUAAAUACAAAGAGAAGGUUAAAAUAAGAGUAAUAAUGAAAAGGGAGGGAGUAGGGCUGGGCGAUAAAACAAUAAUUAUAUACAUCAAAAAUUAACUUCACUCCAUAUCGAUAUGAAACAUGGUUGAUAUGCUUUUCGAUAGUCGGUAUUCUGACAGUAGCAAACAACUGUGCAGUAGCAGACUGCAGCUACACACAACUAUAGCAAUUAUACACGUAAAGCUGACAGCACUGUCAGUGAGAAAAAAAGAAACAACACUGGCACGAACACGUCGGUGGUGUGGAGGUAUUUGGGUUUUUUUGAGGUUGGACAUGAAGCAGAGUAGUGUGCACUCAGUGCCAUGCUGCAGAACACGCACAGUGCUAAAGGUUACAAACCCCAAGCGGAGUAAGGAAACAGCCGACCCUUCAGUCCACUUUUUUUAGCGCAACGCCUUACGACAAAACGUUGAAAAGACACAAAGACCUCACAGAUGCAGUAGCUUAUUGUAUUGCAAAAGACAUGCUACCAACAAGCACUGUUACAUUUUUUUUUUUAUAUCGAGAUAUUUAUCGAUAUCGACUGAUAUGUAAAAAAUAUGUCGUACAGCCCUAGAAGGGAGUAUAUUAAAACGUGAGAAAAUGUUAAAAACAGGACUAAAAAUCGUACUAAUAAUAAUAUACAUAACUUAUAAGGUUCAACAAGAGGUAUGCAGGCAAUUAAAUAAAUAAAUAGAUAAAUAAAUCGUGCAUCAUGUAAAAGCAAGUCUAAAAAAAGUGAGAUUUUAGAUGUGAUUUAAAAGAUGUUACUGAUUCAGCCCACCUGAUCUCCUCGGACAGGGCAGUUCCAAAGUCGAGGACAGAAAAGACUCGAUCACCUUUCAUCUUAAGCCUCGACUUUGGAACAGCCAGUAGGCCCCCGCCCCCGAGGAUCUAAGGUUGGAGCCAGACCUGUAGACCAGGGCUCCAAAAGUGAUCAGUAAAAUCUUAUAAUCAAUUCAAAAGCGGACAGGAGGCCAGUGGAGAGAUGCAAGGACAGGAGUGAUGUGACGCUGUCUGUUAAAACCAGUUCAAAGUUAAAAGCCUAGCUGCUGCGUUAAUCUGGACCAGUCGGGAUUUCUGUUAUCUAACCUGGAGACGAUGAAUGCAUGGAUAACCCAUUACUAAAUCAGCAGUUUUCAGUGUUUUCAGGCAUGCCUAUGUUUGUUCCACAUGCCUGGUUUUACGUCCCACUCACAAAGAUAACUAUGGUACAGGUAUCAUUUGCAAAUAUACCGAGGAGGAAUCAGAAUAAUCCUACGCAAGUAUGGAAAAGUAUGGAAGUAGUUUGAUCAAUUUCCAGGUCUUAAAAAGUAUGGUAAAUGAGAAAUAAAUACCUAUGUUUCCAGACUACUACCAGAGUCCAAAAAUACUGAAAAGUAGGUAUAUCCAAAAAUAAUUUGAAAAAGUAGGGUAUGGUAUGGAAAAGUAUGGAAAUUCCAACUGUGUAGGAACCCUGUUGUAUGUACCUCUCUAUAUGAUCUAGAGUGUGAAUAGUACGUUGGUAAAGAUGGCAUAAUGCGCCGCUGUUAUGGAGGAUUUCACCAAGUUUCCGCGUCCUCUUCCUCACGACAGAAUUCACAACCCUUCCCAUGUUCACAACACGGCCAUCUUGCUAACUUCAGAGCACUAGUCCUCUGUUUUUUUUGUUUUGUUUUGUCUUUGAUUUAUGAUUCAUACCAAGAGUUUCUCUCCUCUCUUUUGGCAGUUUGGAUCAUGGUUUUUUUGGGCUCUGACUGUGACGACUUUAUAUCUUCUUCUUCUCUGCUUCUUUGCCAGCUCUGGGCAGAACGGCAUAACAGAUAACACUACAGUGUUCACCGAGAUCUUAGACAGCCUUCUGGAUGGCUAUGACAAUCGCCUCAGGCCAGGACUGGGAGGUCAGUAAACCCGAGUCAUUGCAUGUCCUUUGUCUCUUUGUGGUGACUGUUUGAAUUAUUGCUUUUGUUCCCUGCAAAUAUGGAAAUAUCAUCCCAGAGAAGAUGCCUAAAACAAGCUGUCUUUUACCUCAACCGCUCCUGAAAAUAUCUAUCUGAGUGAAUCCUAUUGAGGCAGAUUUGCUUUUAGUGUCAGAUUGUGUGAGUAAUAAUUAAAAAACAGAGUUGGACACCCAUUCUUCACCUGCUGCUUUUGUGAAACGCUGAAUUGUCACAAAGCCAGCACUCCUAAAAGAACACAGUUAACGUCAUUUCAUUUCAUGGGCUCCUCUUCACACUAUUGUCCACUGUUCGAGGGAGAGUAACAAAAUGGCAAAAAGACAGAGAAGAGACAAACCGAAAGCAUUAAAUACUCGAAAAAGAGAGAGAAAAAAGAAGGAAGCAGAGAGAAAAAAAGAGAGACGAGGGAGAGAUAAUGUGAGAAUCGGUGUGUGAAGGACACUGAGGAUUGCACAGCGUGAUGCGGCAGGCAUCAAACAGACAGAGGAAUAAAAAAACGGAGCCUGCAGAGGGAAGAAAUUAUGGAUUAUGAUGGGUAUCAUUCAUAAAUCACGCUGUCACAUUCCAGUUUCAGAAUCACCAAGAACAAACUCUCUCUCUCUCUACACAUCACCUCUGCCACCCCCUCCGAUUGAAUCGUCAGCGGACCUAUUUUUUUUCUCUCAGUGUUAUAGAACAAGAGUGGCACGUUUUCAGUCAUACAGCAAUGCACAAAUUUAUUAAGAGAUUGAACCAGCGUCCAGGUAAGGGAGCUGACAGUGAAACAGAAAUGGUUAUCGACAUCUAAAAUGGGCAUUUUGAUGGUUUUAUUUCGCUCCGAUGUGUGUUUGCGUAUCUGAAGCCGCAGACAGGUGGGUUUGUAUUAACAGGUAGUUAGGGGGGCUAAUGAAUGCCACUGAAAGUCAUUCACUCUUGCAAUUUCCUGCUUCAACAGAGCGUGUAACCGAAGUCAAGACUGACAUUUUCGUGACUAGUAUUGGGCCAGUUUCGGACCACGACAUGGUAAGACUCUUUUUGCCUCUUUAAAUGUCACCAGUUUCCCUCCAUCCAACCUCCUCUUGAGUUUCUUCCCCCCUUUUCUCUCCUUCUUUGGCCACACUGGAGUUUCGCUGUGGGAUAAUUAUCAAUUUGAUGUUUCAUUCCAUUAAAGCCUGAUGUGUUAAUAAACCUGUCACAUGUUGAAGUGUAUUUCCUACCGCACGGUUAUGAGCGUCUAGCUCCACAUAAAUGCCACCGCAGAGUCGUAAAUAUGACUGCAUGAGACUUAUAUGUGUGUGUGUGGAAAAAUGCUGCGAAACCAAUUCUGUUUAUUGGUUUUAGGAGAGUAAUCAUAGCUUUGCAUAUUCUGUUUGUAUAGCCUUUUAGUAGAUGCAUGCAUGUUUUAGAGCCCGUCUACUGCUAAUCCAUCUUUACUGAGAGGAAAUGUUCGGAUAUGUAGGUGAUUUAAGAUUGGAAAAAUGUGAAAAGAUAAGCAAAAGCCAUAAAGAAAGGUAUCAGAGAGGGGUUGACUGUACACAGCGAGGCAUAGAUGCUGAUUUGUCACGAGUAAAUUGCAGCGGAAAACUGUACUUUGAUAGGCGCCGCUUUAAUUUGAAAGGUCAAGCGGGCUCUAUUCAGAGAUUUUUGCCAAAAAUAUCACAGCGCAAUGAGGAUAUCUGACGUAGGAGGCAGAGAGGAGCAGAAGUCCACUAAAUGCAAACAUCCAAAUAUGAAUCAUCACCUUUAAAAGUUCUUUUUUUUUUUCAUUUUGAGACCAUAUGCUACAAGGCCGCAGGGCUAUUCAAACACAAGCAUCUGAUCUGGAAACCAAUUAAUCUCCUCCAAAUGUCUCACUGCCUCUCCUUCACCACUUGAAGGAAAACACACACUUCUGUUUUAUGCACGUGAAGUGUGCGAGUGUCUGUGUACUCUGUAUCUGACAUAAUCUCAGUUAAUUGCCCUCGCUGACAUGCGGCUCAGGAGUAUUUUGCGGCUUUGUUGAGGGCCAGAAGGAAGGAGCUGAAGACCAUUUCCUCCAUCCCUAGUCUCUGUCCUCCUUUUCUCCUCCUCUUCUACCUUCAAGCUUUGUUUUAGUUCAUACUAAUUAUCCCACGCGACUGUGUGUGUGUGGGGAGAAGAGGAUGAAGACAAAAAAAAAAAAGAAAACAGGCUGAACUGUAAUUUUUACAGCCUCCCUUUACUCUGACAUCCAGUCAUGUGGAACCAUUAAACUCUGCUCUGAGCUACAGUCAUUAGCUGCCGCCAAAAUGAAAUGUUCUCCUAAUUUUGUGUCCAGCGCUUCUUCGUUGUGUGCGGGGUAAUUCCCAUUAUGGAGUCCAAAAAAAAAAGGAAGAAGUUCCCCUAAAGAUAAAUGCUAACAAUAAUCGUUUUGGCACUUACCUAAGCUGUGCAAGACCAAAUGACCAAUACUGAGGAAAUUAUCCUCCAUUUGCAUUAAGAGUAUGAAACUGACACGACCAUAUUUUCGCAAAUAAUCAAAUCAAAUUAAGUAGGGAGAGACAGUUCCAAGCUGGGAAACUAGGCCGACAUUACAUGGGAGAGUCAAAGUCAGACGAUGUAAAGAUGGAGGUAAAAGUGAGGAAAGUGGAAGGAAAACAAGGCUGUAUGACUCAACAUCUACCUCCACAGUGUCUAUGUUUCGAGAAAGUGAAGAAAACAGCCCCGCAGUCUGAGGUUUUGAUCUCUAUUUUUCGCUACCUGCAGGAGUACACCAUUGAUGUCUUCUUCAGACAGAGCUGGAAAGAUGAAAGGUUAAAGUUCAAAGGACCCAUGGCCGUGCUGCGUCUCAACAACCUGAUGGCCAGCAAGAUCUGGACCCCUGAUACCUUCUUUCACAACGGCAAGAAGUCUGUGGCCCACAACAUGACCAUGCCCAAUAAGCUGCUGCGGAUCACAGAGGAAGGCACCCUGCUCUACACCAUGAGGUAGGCCGACACGUUUUAGGCUGAACCUUUUGCUUUUUUUGGACGCAGAGUUUUGUUGUUUUUUGUACAGUUGCUGUUGAAGCUAUGACAUGGUGCCAUUUGAAGAUCAGCGAUUUGAUAUUUGAUUUUCGCAGGAGAGAGAAGGUUUAAGAGCAUCCUGAAUAUGGAUUUUCUGAUAUGACAAAGGGCUGACAAACAUCAUGUUUUGAAAAAUCUAUAAAAACACCACAAAAAAGGGGAUUUUUUACUAGUUUCCAGUGAUUUUACACACUGUUUGACCAUGACGUCACACUAAUCGUUUCCCAGUAAUUCUCUUGAACAGCUAUGUGGUUGCCAAUUAGUCAGAUUGAAGUAAAAAGUGCAUUUUCAGGAUAAAAUUUUCAGCAGAAUUGAAGCUCAUUUAUUGCAUUAAAAGGACUUUCAGAAUCAGCAUGAUGUACACGAGACUCCCUGUUUUAUCGGUGCGGUUUUGGUGGCUUUUGGAAAAUGUUGGAGCUGUGUGGCUUCACUCGUCUUUAGUUAGGCAGAUUUACAAUCAUUUUUUGGUGGAUUUUAUUUUGUAUUUCAUGCAUCCAUAAAAAUAUCUGGAAAUAGACCGAUUUUUUUGUCUUUUAGUUAUUUUUUUUCACAGAUUUUUCCUUGGUUCAUUCAUCGCGGUGUUGUGUUUUAAUGAUGUUGCUUCAAGAAUAUUCUGGAUAUGAAAUGCUUGUUAGUGUCUUGAGGGUAGAGACUAGUCUUUGUUGCAGUGGUCCCAGCAGUAUUUAGUGAAUGACAAUGCCCAAUUAGGAUAACCAAAAUUGACUGAAUUGAUCUUUUUUUGACUCACUGGACCAACUAAUUGUUAAUAACAAAUCAAUGAUAAUGCUAUCUUUUAUUGAUGUAGGGUGACCAUACGUCCUCUUUUUUGUCCGGGGGAGUUUGUAAAAUCAAAUGUUCAGGAUUUUGUAUGGAAGUUUUGAGUUUGUGUAGCGUGGACUUACUGAGUUAGAAGCUUGUAAAAAACACUCGACCUGACCCGAAAAACCCUCAAAAUUUACAACAUGCAACUCUGCAACUCCACCCGGCAUAGUAGUGUCCUCUUUUGGGGAUUCAGAAUAUGGUCGCCCUAAUUAAUGUGGUAUCAUAAGUUUAAAAAGAAUAAUAAUAAUGAUGGAAAUCUUUGGCAACACCAGGCAUCAAAAACUAAAGAAUGAAAAACUAAAAAGAACUACUGUUGGUUUCAGAUUUGUCAGUGAGAUCAGCUUUGAAUUGCUGGGGAUGUUAUCGAGUAAAGUGUGAAGUGAAUACUUAAUGGAGAUCUUAAGUUAAAGUGAGAUUUAAGCGACACAUAAAACUCUUGGUACUUCAUAUAAUUUGAGUUGUAUCUUGUUGUUGUUUUUGAGCUACUCAAUGGAGAUAAUCAACUGUUUUUAUUUUGUAUUUUAAUAAUGAGUUUUAUUGAUAUAAUUACAACAGUUCCCUGAAAAUAAUGGAGAUCUUUGUCUAUAUCAUAUGUUAGCUACUUGAAAAUAUGUCUAAGUAAGAUUUACUGUUGAGUUGGGGUUAUUAUCUUAACCUUCCUCCUGUGUUAGCUUUUACUACGCACCCACCAUGUUAAGGGUCGGUUUUGACCCGUGUCUUAAAUCAGCUGUAAAUGACACUAAAAACAAUUCUCUAUCAUCCAAUUUGGUUCUCAUCUCUAGGUUACCUUGUUCGGCUUCAUUGUCCAUGAAAAUAUUGCUUAUAAUAUUUUUUGUUGUGGGUCUCUGGGCCUUUCUUUGUUAGUAUAGCCCUCACACAGACAUCCAUACUGAAUUGGUCUCACAUGUCUGGACAUGUCUGUUGUUGUUUUUUGUGCAGGGAAAAACAUGGAAAAAUGACAAUUUCCUAAAUCUCUCAUGAUUGGAAGAGGAUCUGACUGUCAGUGUGGUGCCUGACAGUGCACUUAUGAUUUCAACAACAGCGACCCUAACAUGACAAGUGCCAUAAUUUUAAUAAGAGCAUUCUAAAAUUUAGUCAGUUCAAUUUUUUUAUUUUUUAUUUUGUUGAAAUAGAGGUUCCUGACAAUGUCAAAAGGUCUUGAUGCAAAAAAGUCUCAUUUAUGUGGUUCUUUAAAGCAUUUAAAAUCAAAAACAGGUCGGUGCAGACCCUAACACAGGAGGAGGGUUAAUAUAAUAUGCGAGUUAAAAUGAGGUUUGGUUUUGGAGACACAAUCUUUUAGUAAAUCAAAACUCGAUGAGAACGAACAUUUUCACAACAGCCUCUAUACAUUAGCUAAUAUUAGCGUUAACAGACCUGCUAACCCGCCUUUUAUUGUGACAUUUAUGGUUCUUUUUUAACAUAAAAAAAGAUUCACCAUCAAAGUAAAUUUCUGUUUUAUCUAUCCUUGUUUAUAGACCAUCGUCAUCCAUUUAUGAUAUGUGAAUCACAUAAAGUUUUAUUACAUUUUGUCACUUUUCCAUUUGAGUGUUCACCAGUUAAAAAUAAAGCAGUUCUAUCCCAUCCUGAUUUAUCACUGUGGGGAUGCUUCCUGACAGUUACAGCAGGAAGAUAAGGUGUGCGACCAGCUGAGCUGAGCUUCAAAACCACUCGUGGCACCUCGGUAGCCUUCAGCAGAAGGCAAGUAAAUAAGAACCGGGAAAAAAAAAGAUGGCACGAACCUUGAUGCACACCAACAGAGUGAUUCUAAUGUGAGCUGUCUGCUGCGAGGAUCAUAAAACAUUUGUUUUAGCAUGUUUACUAGCAGGGGGAGGGGGGUUUGGAGGCGGAGUCUUGUAUUGCUGUCACAGAUGAGCGAGAUGAGGGAUGGAUGGGAGAUUAGUGUGUCACGGGUGGCCUGACAUGCUGUUUUUCACAAAGCUGUCAGGAAAUAGAAACCCACAGCUCAGCCUACUGGAGCGUUUUCUACUGGUUUUUGGAAGAAAGAAGCUGCAGUUUGAGAGUGUUUAGUGUGAAGAGGACUGCAGAAAAAUACAACAGCACAUGUUCCUGCUGCUGAAAUAUUGUCCCUGAGCCUUAAAUCCUCUUCAUCUUUCCUCCACCUGCACUGUUCCUCUGUCUGUUCAUGCUCUGAAUUUCUGUGCUAUUUUUCCUCUCUCUCUCCAGGCUUACAGUACGAGCCGAAUGUCCCAUGCACCUGGAGGACUUCCCUAUGGACGCCCAUGCCUGUCCACUCAAGUUCGGCAGCUGUAAGUUGCCUCUAUACAUACACAGUAGUGAUGGGCACUGCAGUUCUUUUAGAUGUACUGAAUCACUAAAAUCAGUUCACUAAAAAGAUUCGUUCACCAAAUCAUUGAGCGGAAGAAGCCUGCGACUCUGACCUCCUGAACUGAUACACAGCUGAAAGUUCAGGAUUCAGUUCAAUUCAGAGCUUCUAGGACAGGGAGACGAGAGUGUUUGGCUGUGUUUGUAAAAAUGAACUUGUUUAUAAGUCAUGAUGUUUUAAGUGUACUGUCCUAUGGUAUGCUAUUUAUCAGGUCUGCUCUGUAAAUUGGGCUCAGUGAGUGAUUCGUUCACUGAAGGUUCAGAAGAAUUCACACUGAAUAUUCACCGUUCCCUCGCAAACCGCUGCAAUGAUAGGAUGCUGCAGGGUUAGUGCACUUCUUGUUACACGCUGUGUCCUGUUGUAUGCAAGUUGUUGUUUUGAGAGUGUAGUUCAAUGCGUGAGUCGUUCACCAAGUGAUUCAGGUGUCGGUGCAUGUGGUCCCUCGUUUGCCGGCUGCUGGCCUGGCAAUGCUGUUUCUCUCUUCAGCUCAACUGAAGUGAGAAACAAACGAAUCACUCGAGGAAGUGAUUCGGUUAAGUACGUUCACUUAAAAGAUUUGGUUCUUUUGAACGAAUCGUUCGUGAACAACACAACGCUAAUACACAGUCUUACAAACAUGCUCCAAACACUCAGUGCGUUUACAUGCACAACUUAAUCAGACUGAGAUCAUAAUUCGUUUUUUCUUUCAUCAAACCGUAUUUCUCUCCUUGUCUGCGUUUACAUGCAGCUGAGAAAAUCGAAUUAUUGAUGUGAACGUGUCCUCCUCCCUAAAACUAGGGGGCAAUAUGGGUCUUUUUGUAGCGGCGCUGUUUUCGACCUCAUACAACCGUCAACAACAACAGCAGGUCUGUGCCAGAUGUCAGGAUUAGCUACAACUGCUGCUGGGCAGUUUCGAGCAAGAAGAUGGAGCAUCGUACAGCGUUGUUUUUGUCGUACACGAUGUGCACGCUACUUUUUCUGCAGAAGAGAUGCACGCUAAUCCUCUUCUCUGGUGUUUUGUUCCGGGGUCACGGGGGCUUGGCGCACAUGCAUUGUCCGAUCAUACCCCGAUUUCGCUGGUUACAUGGUAGAGAAAAUCAAAUUCCAAUCAUAUCAUCUUAAUCGGAGUUCUUAAAUUCCGAUUGUAGCCAGACUAAGGUGUUUACAUGCACUUUAGUUGUCCGGUCUUAAUCAGAAUAGGACAAUUAUUCGGUUUUCUCCAGUGUCAUGUAAACGUACUGAGUGUUAAAAACAAACAUACAUCUCUGGGAAACACUGUCAUCAUCCAACUGGAGGCGUGACCCCAACACGAGUCCCUGAUAGGGGAUGACAGUGCAGUAACAGCUGUCCUCCCAGAGGAUUUGUUCCCGCCAAGGCCCCUCCGGACCAACUGAUUCAACCCUGCAAGACCCUGGAAGACCCCUGCACACAGACCUAUGUUUACCCACAGCAGCAGCGGUGUCUGAAAUACUUCCAGAACAUCACACCAGCUGCUCACCGCUGACAGCUACCCCGUCCUACCCUGAUCAUCAAGAGAUAGAAAGAUGGUGAGGAAAGGGGGGAGGAGAACAAGAGGCAGAGAGAGGACAGGAAGAUGAAAAAAAAACAGCAAAAGUGAAACAGAUAGAAAGCAUCAAACUGCCUCUCUGCCAUCCUUUAGACAGCUGCACAGCGUGAGUGAGAGGACCGAGCAUCAACCCCCCGUUCAAAUUGAACUCACUCCCUAAAUAUUUCAGUGAUGAGCUCUCUUCCUUAUGCUGCAGUCUGCAGAGGAGCCAUCCUUUUCCUCUGCAGUGGCCGAGCCACACUGCGGCUUUGACAGGUCGGGUGGCCGGAGGGAAGGGAAGACUGACUUGACUCUUUUGAGGUCACGUUGUCCUGUUGGGACGUUGUUUGUUUGUUUUCUGUUAAGUCCAGAGAUAACAUGAAGUGACACAGCAUUGCAUCGCAUCGCAUCACGUGGUGAGUUGUUAGCGAAGAGGCCAACAAAAUAUGUCGCAGGAUGAGCAUAGAUGAUAAAAAAGGGAUGAGAUAAAACACUCCAACGAGGUGAAAAGAAAGGGAUAAUAUGCUUAAAUAGCAAAUGAGACAAGACAGGCAGGUUUGAGAUGAGAGCAGCCAGAGAAGAUGCGGGAGGACAAGUUGAGACGAGGUAAGGAUUUAAGUGGAAGACCUCGUUUCAGAUUUGUUUUUCUUUUCCCUUCCUCCGGGCAUCCCUGGCAGCUCCAAAAAUACCGCCUGAAAAAGGCCCACGUGACGACCAGACAACCAGCAGCAAAAUAAUUCAUAACGUUUCACUCUGUUCGUCCUUGUCAGAUGCCUACACUCGAGCGGAGGUGGUGUAUGUGUGGACCAGAGGGGCUGCCCAGUCCGUGGUGGUGGCAGAGGACGGGUCCAGAUUAAACCAGUACGAUCUGAUGGGGCAGAGUGUGGACUCUGGUGUGGUGCAGUCCAGCACAGGUGGGUUUGAUUAUCAUAUGUUCUUUUAUAAAAAAACAUCAUUGUAAUAUGUCACCCUGAAAUAGCCAGGAAAAAGGGAAAAAGAUAAGGAAAGAGGGAAUACUUGGACCAAAGAGGCACCAACAAAAUGAAAGCUCACAUCAGUUUAAAUAAAAAGAGAAAUUCUGCAUUUUAAGACUACGGUUCAUAACUGGAUAUUUGACCCUCUCCGUUUACAAAAAAAAACUGCUUGCACACCAGUACAUUUUCAGAGAAGUUUUCUUUUACACUAACCCAUGUAUAUAACCCGUCAAGAGCAUGCCAAACCUGUAGGUGGCAGUGUAGCAAGAAGCUCAAGCCCACGUUAGCCAAUCAGAAUCCCACAUAGCAGCAACAACAACAACGUCACUUCCUUCUUUCCUUCCUACAAUCUGCUGUCAUCGACCCAAAUCUCUGUUUUUCUUCGUUUACAUGCAAACUGAGUUUUUGAAAAUCUCCACUCUGGCCGGUGUUUUUAAAAAGCAUCGUUUUCAGGGGUGAAUUCUCCGCUUGAGUCUCAGCGAAGGGUGCAAACGAUGGUUAAUGUCUCAGUUUUUUAGAGUAACCGAGUACGUAUAAAUGGGACCUAAAAAUUCUGUGAGAAAAUUUCUUUUUGGACCACAUCGGUGCCCCCUGUGGACAAUGUGGUUCUGGUGUUAGGAAGUUCAUCUUUGCAUCUUUUACCAGUCAAACAUGCCAAUCGCUGUCUAUCUAAUCCAAUACGCUUUAUUUAUAACACAUUUUAAAAAACAUUCAAGUCUACAAAAGUGCUGCACAAUAAAACUAAAAGAACAGACAAUGCUGAAAUCAUCAAGAUGGGAUAAAUAAAAGCAGGUAAAAAACAUUAAGAUGGAAUAAAUAAAAGAAAUAAAAGUGAUAAAAGGACCGUAAAAAGACAAAAGACAGAUCACACAACUCUCAUUCUGAGCCAAAAGCCAAGGAAUCAAAAAAAAAAAGACCGUUUUGGACGGUAUUGUAAAUCUCAUUCAACACCAACCCUAAGGCAUGUUAAAAAUAACAUGAGGAAAUAAUCCAGCUCUUUCUUUUUGGCUUCAUUUGCCUUUUCUAGGUCCUAAAGAUGGAUCGGUAUCAAUCUUAUUUUCCUUUAAACCAGCUAAAACUCCUAACUGGACCUUUUGAAUACGUUCAAAUGACAUUCUGAGUGUUAAGGCUUCAUUACCCGGUCAAUAAAGACCAAGCCUUGACAACACACCCAGUCUGAACCAUCAUCUGAGUAAACUAACAGUCUGAAACAGCAAAUUUUUUUCACACCAUGUAUGACAGGCCAUGUCCCAGAUUUCAUAAUUUCCCUACCGGCCACUACAUCCUUUUCCCACCUCCUCCUCUUCCUCCAUUGAUACUGGCACAAAUUAGUGACAGUGAAAAUGGGUGACCUGUUUGCAGUGACGUUGGCUGCAGACUGAAAGUAAUGCUUUCGACAGCUUUAUCCCUCAAGCAACGCUUAACUUUGCUCGCAACAAGCCCCCCAGUGACUGUAUCUACCAAGCUUUAUUGAAUAAGCAACGUUGGAACAUAAAUGGGUUUUAUUAUUUGAUUCGUUUGUCGACGUCUCUGGAAAUACUUGAAAAUCAACAUGUUUUUUUCCAACCAGAUUAAAUGCCGGUGCUGUUUUUGUGUCUUUCCUGUUUUCGACUGAACGCUCUGAUAAAAAUGGAGCAUGCCUGGUGCGGAGUUAGCUGACAAAUUACAGCCCGAACCGCGCCAAUAAAUCUCAACUCCAAUAAAUUUGAAGGCCCAAACAUAACAAAGCCUUUAAGGAUAAACACUCGAGACUAUGAGGAAAGGCAUGAUAGAUCUUGUGUAAAGUUAAUCAGUGGACUUGUUCUCAUAACUUUGUGUCUGUUGUUUGCAGGAGAGUACGUUGUGAUGACAACCCACUUCCACCUGAAGCGGAAAAUUGGUUACUUUGUGAUCCAGACAUAUCUCCCCUGCAUCAUGACAGUUAUCCUCUCCCAAGUGUCUUUCUGGCUCAACAGAGAGUCCGUCCCUGCCAGGACUGUGUUUGGUGAGUUGUCUGCUCUCCUCCCUUCAAAACAUCUGUGCUUUAGAGAAAUGAGCCCAGAAAACAGACGGUUCCAAAUCUGUUCUUGGAAAAAUCCUUUUGGCAGAUUUAAUGACAGGCCACCAGGCUUUUCACUCAAAGCUAUAGUGCUGUUGAGCAAAGAUCUGAACUAACUGGGCUACUUAGAGACCUAACAAGACAGAAAAUGUCCCUCGUAAUGGAACUAUUGCAAAACACAGGCUCAGAGGUGAAGCUAUUUUUCCAAAAAAAUGUGUACUUUAGUGCCGUUAUUUCUAAAACUGUUGAGUUAUAUGAUCUUAAAGACUGUUUUAUAGUUUGAGAAACUUUGAUGCACAUAUUUGCAAAGCUUAUCCUAAUUAAUCUUACAUUUAAGUACCAUAAAUGGUGUUAAAGGAGACCUACUAUACUCCAAUUUCACCUUCCGCUGGGAUCUUUAAGAAACGAAUUUCAGCACUUUUCAAUCUUAAUUUCGGCUACUUUUCUACUAACAUCAAUUUAGACACUGCGUGCACAGAACAACCCGAAAGUUAGGCCUUUAUCAAAGAUGUCUGAGGCUAGCCGUUAGCGCUCACAUAAGCUUCCCAUUAUACAUUAGCUAUUGAAACAUUAGCUGCUGUCAUCAUGUGACUUACAGCUUGUGUUUAAAGGUCAGUUUCAGUCAUGAUUGAGAUGCAAAUUCAGCCUCUAUUGGCCUUCGUUUACAAAAUAGACACCAGUGAAGUGGCGAGCAUUAACAGCUAUUUUUAUAAGGAAAUACGUACAAGGAAGUUUUAGAGAUACACUGACUCAACAAAGUGUAGGAAGGAAAAGGAACUUUCCAAAUGAGGGUAAAUUUGAAAGAGCAUCUAGGUGGGUGUGUCCAUUAAAGAGUAUUGUUCUGAUUGGACAGCAGAGCCUGAGGUCAUGUUUAGAUCAAGUCCUGCAAACUUCUCAAAACAAGCUGCUUAUAAAACCUGGAAAACACAUCCAGGAGUUAUGCAAAACGUCUAUAAUUACAAACUGUGAUUGUGUUUGGAUUUUUGACUGACUGCAAACGUGUGAAAAACCAUCUGCUUUGACUUUGAGAUGAAAAAUAAAAACAUCUGACACAUUAGACUUAUUAGAAGAAACCGUGAGACACUGUGAGGCUUUUAAACACACUGCUGUCAAUGACCCUGGAGUGCAGCUUCAUUUCUCCACACAAAGAUAGGGAAAUGUUUUUGCUGUCAGUUUUUAUGACAGAGUAAAUAACUCAACUUAACUGACUACACAAGACCUGAGUGUGCGGCAGACUACUUCAGUGGUGGGGGAUAGAGCCUCAUUAUGUUUGACUGAGUUUGAUGGCAGGCGGUUGAUUAACAGCAGAAUUAAAGGAUGGGAAAGGUUCACUGACACUGACAAAAGUCAUAAAUUCGUUCAAAGAAACAGUUUAACACUUUUGGAAACGGGUUUGUCUGUUUUUCUUAAAGCUCUUGUAGAUAUUUUAGGAGGUGAUGAAACGGAGUACAAAUCAGCGCCUGUAACCCAAUAACAGUGUUACAUUUGAAGGAAUUUUAAAGGACUUGUGACUUGCUACUUCAGACUGAAUAGAGAGAUAUCUUCAUGGAUGAGUUCAUGCCUAAGUGAGGUGAAGUUAAGGAUGCGAGUUGCAGAAAGGAAGAUAGUAAACAUAAAGCAAGUUGAGACUUUUAGGAAAUACUCUACAGGACACAGUCAGCAAAGAGAUACAAGGUACAUCUUUGUCCACAGGGGGCGCCAAAACCAACAAAAAGAAAAAGUGCUAGACUAGCAUAGUAUAACACCCUUAAGGGGAUAUUCCGGCGUAAAUUUAGACCCAUCCUCGAGAGAUGAAUGUUGCUGACUGCUUGUUUCUCUAGUUACACCAACUUUAGUAGCCACCACAUGAUAGCAAUACACUGUGGUCUACGUCUCCACGCACAAACCUCAACCAAAAAGCCACUCUAUAGCCACAAAUAAUGGUCAGAACAGCACCUAACUUCAUCAACAGCACAUAUAGGGUCCCAGCCAUAGUACUAGCCAUCAAACAUCUUUUUAGCUUUGCCUAAUUUCUUUAGCAAAGAGACUAAACACAACCCACCCACUCUCCUCCAGCAGCCGCUUGUUUGUGGAGGAGCCCUGACAAGUCGUCCACCGAGUGCAGAGGAGUUUCGCAGCUCAAGGAAGAACAUUUCUGAUUAUUACUUCAUGGAAAUGAUCAGUUAUUGUGCGGUCAUUACAAAAGUUGAUAUAACUAGAGAAGCAAACAGUCGGCAACAUUCAUCUCUUGAAGGGGGUUUCUAACUUGGUGUUACAGUGAAUUUGACCCUAACUUAAUUUUACGCUGUAAUAUCCCUUUAAGCAGCAGAGAGAAGGACGUAUGGCUAACACCUAAAAAGGCUUCCUAAAUCACACAUAAUUUAAUCACAAUUCUCACAACCGACUCGCUCAAAAAGACGUCUUCUGUGAGGUUAUCGUUUACGUAGCAACUACAACCUGAGACACCUAAAAAUAGAUUUGAGUGGCAAUCUUUAUGGCCGGUCUCUACAGGCAUCUAUUUGCAAAUUUCUGUACAAAAAUAAAGAAAUGAGGAAAAUGAGAUGUUUCACGCCACGUCUUUAUAAGAUGAUAUGCUCAUGCCUACCUCCUGAACUACAAAUUUAGAACAACAGGGAAUGAGAACGGUAUUGACGCCAAAAUCAUUAUCUUCUCCGACAAGCUAUCUUGAUAACAGCAUGUGAGUGUUCACAAAGAUCGGUUUAAUCUGUGUUCAAACAGUCAGGAGAAAGACAUCUUAAGUCUGCAACAAAUACUUUGUGAACGGCGGAGUGACUUCCUGGUGCUCCGCUCGUUGCCUGGCAACCUCACAGUCCUGACAGAAUGAUAUCAAAGUCCGCCAUCAAAUUCUCGACAAGAAAGCCAAUAAAGGUGCUUCCAAAAUGUCAAACUAUUCCUUUAAAAGCAAAUGAAACGCUCAAAAGACUGAUUAACAGUCGCCCAAGCUUUCCUCCUCUGUUCUCUCCUCUCUGUCUCUGCACCAAUGAGGUGAACAGGAGCUUUAAUCGGUCGCGGCUGGCUGCAGUAGAAAUUUCAGGCACGAGGCUCUGUGUGAAUUCAGAUUUACGUGCUCAGAAUGUGUUUUUACAAGUGUGUACGAGUGCGUUCGUGCCUGGCUGCGUGUGACCAAAGCGUUCAUCAGUGUGUGUUUGUGUGCGCAGAUUUGCCCCCGUGUAUGCGGUGUGCAUGUGUCUCGGCAUGUGUACGUGAGUCUUUGUAUGCGUGUGUGUGUAUCUGGUGAGUAUCUAUCUGUCUGUCACACUAAUGUCUUACAUAAUAGCGCCCAAAAGGAAAGCUCUUGCUAGUCUGCAGCAUGCUCGGUAGCAGCAAAGCACAGCAGCAGCAGGCAGAAUGUCCUUGAGUUACCUCAGCCUCCACUCUUCCCCUCUUCUUUUCUCUCUCUCUCUUUCUGUCUCUUUCUCCUCUUCUCAUGGAUGUCAGUGUCUCCCCUGGCCCACUACUUAAAGAGCUUUUUACAAAAAACAUUAUCAUGCACCAGACUCUACAGUGCUGCGGCAGAUUUUUCCACUCUUUUCUUUGCUGUGUUUUGGUGCCUUCAUAUGCAUAAAUGCAUGGUGUGUGUGUGUGUGUGGGCCAUAGCUAGCUACCUGCGAUGCUUGUCACGUGUCCAGGGGAAAUGAGGAUGGCCUAGAUUAGAUUCAAACGACUAUGUAGGGCAUGUGUGUGUCCCUCAUGCUAUCGUCGUGGGUUCCGCUUUGUAGGAUUACAUGCAUGCACACAUACACACACACACACACUGACAGUGGAAUAAACACAUGUGCAUGCUUUUUAUGGAUGUACAGUGCACCAAAGCAUCCAAAUAUACUAGGUAGGUCAUUGCUGUGAUGAAUAUGCAUCAUCUGAAUGAGCCCAGUCUUCAAAGAGGUUACAAAGUCAAUACAGCUGUAAAUGAAUCAUAAAAGCGACAUAGCAGACAACCACGAUCAUUCAGUGCCAUCUUCAUCUUUUGACUGUCAUCAAAGUCAAGGAUUUAUGCUGUUAUUUCAAACCAUUGAACACGUGUCAAGAGCUAUUUGAAUGUAAGCGUACAAAGGUCUGUCUUCUCUGCCUUUGAAUUGCUUGGUUGGUCUUUCUUGUAAUGAGUGCAGCCUUAAUAGAAAGCUAUAUGUCGAUGUUCAGCGUCAAUUCAGGAAUGAUGUGUUGCAUGGCCCAGCUUGACAGAGGUUAAUGUUUAUUGUGGUAUCCCUGCUUGUAAUGUUGGCUGUGUACACGGGGGUAAAAUGUGUCCCGGCACCCCUGGUUCCAUUUGUCUCGUUGCGACAUUAUGUUGCUGGAUACAGUGAUUAUUUUGAGCGCUGGGCUUGUAAAUGGUGCUGUAAACAUUGGGUAACUGUGAUGUGAUGCAGACAGAUGUCAGGCUGUUGAAACAGGCAGCUGAAGGCUUGACAGGAGCUGUUUAAAUGACUGAUAAAAAUGCUGUCGUCUGGAGUUCUCAUGUGAGUAAAUUUCACGUCGGUCUCAACCAAAAGUCAGACAGGAAGAGCAAGAAGUUAUCCACAAUAAAUGUACUAGUGAAGCAUAAUCUCUAAUACACAAAUAGAUGAUAAUUGGUUUAAUCAGCUCAACCACCAGUGUGACAAGUAGGCCAACCCUGACUUCCUUGUUAUGUUUGCUUUUCAUUGGCACACGCUGUAUGAGCCUUUAUUUGAAUAUUCAAUAUAAUGUUUCAUAUAGAGCUUAAAGGUGGGGUCAGCAGGAUCUGAGGAAGUGCCAGUUUUUGGGAGAAAUCUUGAAUGUAAACUCUACUCCUCCCAACCAGUUUUCCCCUCAGCUCCUCCUCUCGCCUCCCUCUCUGCUCCAGCAAGCCCCGCCCACAAACAGACGCUCCUGCUCACUCGUUUCGUUUCAAUUAAAUUCAGAUAUAAUGCGGAUAAAUACUUCAGAUAAUAACAAAUGGGGCCCAGUCAACGUGAAAGUAAAAAGCAUUGGUGCUACUGUAGAUGCCAACAGACUACCAGCAAACACAAUGUUUGCAGGACUUUUAAAACUAGGAUAAAGUGACAUAGUCCAGGACCCGAGGUCAACAGUUUAGUGGCGCUACAACUCGCAGCAGGUCCCGUUUGACAAGAAACUCUUCUGUUACAGACACUUGGCUUACUUUGUUAAAGCGGUUUACCUGUCCAGCAGAAAGGUUACAGGGUCCGUAAGAUCCCGAAGUGUUCACUGAUGUUGACCCGCCUUUUUAGCUCUUGUCCGGGUGGUCUACCUCAGUUUUGAGCAUCUGUUAUUCCACCAGAGUCUCUGGUAUUUACUUGCUUGUGUCGGCAGUCGUGGUCAAAUCAUCAUCACUUAUGCAGUUGUCUUGCCCCACCUCUCACCAAAGGAAAUCAGUAAUCUGCAGCUUUCCCACAUCUAGGUUGCCAUAAAAGGGCAGCUUGGCCUUACGCUAAACUGAUCACUUAUGGUACUCCUGUUGUGUCACUGCCAGUGUUGAGUAUGUUUCAAUACGAUGUACACUAUGUCCCGGAGCGAUGUGUUUGUCCACGUCCGUUGUAAGCAACUCUAAUCUAUUAAAGCGUCUCUUAACGGCACAUGCUUCUACAAAACUGGUGGACCAAAACACCAUUGUUGAGAUUAAAUUAGUGUCGCUUCCCCUUUAAAAUGCAAACUUUCCCCUUGAACUCACCAUUGCUGCAGUUUCCCUCAUAUGUGGUUUGUGUACAAACUGAACACUGCCUCUGAUUGGCUGGCAUGAAAUCUUACUCGACCUUAACCAAUCAUCAUGACUUAUGCAGUUGUCUCGCCCCUCCCCAACCAAAGGAAAAAAAUCAGUAAUCUGCAGCUUCUGUGGCUGAGAUGAGCCAAACAGGAGGACAAUGGUAGUUUGUAAUGCGCCUCAUUCAGUCGUUGCUAACGGUAACGGCGUUGUAACGAUGGAAAUAGUAAUUAGUGAGAUUACCUGUCAAUGAAAAAGAUUAUUUUAACAGUGUUUUUCCCAUCAUUGGUCAUUGCUGUUACUUCUUUCAUUAUUUUUAAAGUUUGAACUGAUUUUUUUCACACUUGUACUAACUUAACCACAUAGCAAUUCAUGUGGUUGAACAGGGUGUGACAUUAUCAUUACAUACGUAUGGUAAUGAUAUUGAUGAGAUUUGUAUUUGAGUUAAUUUUGGGUCUGAAUCCCUUUCAUUUAAAAAUGUAACAUUUUCUCAAGAUUAUCAAGCCAGAAAAUGGUUUGAGGCAUGAUUGUACUUCGAACCAGGACAUCGUGGUUGCACAGAUUUGAAACUGAAAACAACAAAUAUGUUCAGUAUUGACUGACAGAUAUCCUCUUUGAUGAGGGGAAUCCUGAGGAUAGCCGAGCACGCAAUCUGUGGAUUUAGACAUGGAAAGAAAUGAUCGCCAGGAAGCAAGAUGACUUAUGAAUGAAGCUAAACAAAUGCAUCUCGAUCAAGCAGAGAACACACAGGAAUCUCUAUUUAUUCACACAUCAGGAGCUGGAUGUACGAUGAAUGUGUGCAUGUAAAAAAACAUCCAUGCAUAAUUUGCAACUCUUGAUCAGGUCUUGUUUACGACAGAAGGAUGUAAGGUGAACAUUUUGUACUUGUACUCCAAAGAAGCGGUCGUAACUGAAGGAGUAUCCUGAGAUUAUCAUAAAGCAAUGUUUGUUUAGGUUUGAUCGCUAAUUUUAACAACUGUUUCAGAUUUGCGAAAUGCCAACCCUAAAAGGCAUUUGUAAGCUUAAUGUGAGAAAAGCAAAUGUGAGUCAUACUUCUGACAUUUGAAUCACUCUUCAUUUGUUAAUGAUCUGUUUAUUUCAUCCCUAACACGUUCAGCUUUAUAGAACAGUAUAUGCGUGUUUGUUGUUGUGCAUAAUCACAGAUCUGAUCACAAACCUGCGCUGAGUUUUUUAUGCAUCUUGCCCCUGGUGUGACACAUUCAGUGCUUUCCAUCGUCAUGCCUGAAUAAAGCUGAGGGGAACAUUUACUUCAAAAGACAGCUAUGUCUGAAAGACAAAAGGCAUUAUUCUAACACACAGCCUGUUAAUGCAUACACUCGGUCUAAGAGCAGAUCUUCAGUUCAAUGAAUCCCAAAAGCAAUUUUGCGCAAAUGCACCUGAGUCAUUCGUCCUGUAGACACCUAUUCACAGCUUGGUUUCUCUUUGUUUUCAUUGGAGAGCAGGAGCAUCAUGUAUCAAAUGAUGCACAAGAGGAUAAACAGGCAGCCACUGUAAAAUGUUAUAUGUGCUCUUUUGUGAUGACAGAUGUGAUCAGGUUUACGUAUCCAACACAGAUGUCCAGAUCUGACGGGGAAACCCUAUUAACAUGAACGACUGCAGCACUGGAAACACUGCUUCAAUUACACAGGCUCCACACUAAAUCUUGUUCCCAAAGCCUGCCCUGUAGAUGAAUAGGCAAUUUAAAAACACAGCAGUAGGUAGAGUUAUCUUAUUUAUCAUUGUGCCGAUUAAGAGCCUGAUUAGUUUAUGGCCAGUUUGGUUUGGUGGAAAACUGUUGGCGAUUUAUUUAUUUGCGAUCUGAAUGAAAACCAGAAGGAAACAGAAAAUGAUGGUGCUGAUAUGGUGCUCCUGCUCUCUCUCUCUCUCUCUCCUCUCUUUUCUCUGUCUCUAAGCUGUCAGCAACAGCAGUGCUCAGAAGAUUAGCUCGCUUCCUUCUCUCCUCUUUAAGAGUGAUUGGCUCUGUAUUUAUUGGUUCUCCCAUGAUGCUGUUUAAUGUUUCUGCUCAUUAAGGAAUAACUCCUCUUGUGUGAGCAUGUGCGAGUAUGUGAUUGGUUCUGCAUGCACAAAAGAGAGUCUCACUCCAUGUUUCUGUGCUUUACGCGGCUUCAGCACCAUUGGGAGCUUAUAAAUAUAUGAUUGCUAGGUGAUAAUAAUGUAGGCAGUGCUACUAUAUACUGUACAUUUGUGUGUGAGUGCAUUUGUGGCACAAUUCCCCUAGCUGUAAUGCUGGCACGGUCAUUUAACAUACCUGCCAAUCAGCGUGUCAAUUUAUUCCUCCGUUUAUGUAAAUGUGCGGUGACGUAGCGCUGCUGCUGACGGUGGUGUGUUUGUGAGUCAGGCCCCCCCUGAGGCUUCAGUUAUUGAUAAGGUAUGAAUAAAUGAGUAGCUGCUGCACCGCGGAGAUGGUGAUAGACAUCCAACAAAGACAGCUGCACUCCUGGGACUGGUUGAGGGGAUAUGGAAAGUUGUUUGACAACUCCCUACACAUGAGUCCUGUUCAUUUAUCAGCGGGCUUUACAUGUUAUACAACAGCCGCAGCUUCUACACUUCAUUAAAAUAUAAUCCAGUUCAUUAACGUUUUCCUAUAAAUGAGAAAAAUGCUAAUUUUGCUCAUCUAUAUUUAACAUUUCCCUCGAAAAUAUGAAUAUUACAAUCUUGAUUUUUUUGUAAUUAUAGCUUGGAAUUAACCUAAAACUAGAGAUUGAAUCAAACUUUCCACAAAAUUUUGCCUCAUAGCCAAGGAUAGAGUUUUUACACCAUUGAAUGGCAAAAUUUCAAACUUCAGUCUAACAUCAGCUCUAAAGUUUUCCAGACAGCGCCACUUACUGGCUUGGCAUAUGCACUACAUCGUUUUCAGUGGAUUCAUUUUGAGAGAUGAUAGAAAAACUUUUUAAUUGUAAAGUGAAGUUUGGUGAAGGUGAAAUCAAAAUCGAAAAUCAUGUUUUCAGAGGAAAAAAAUUUUUUUUAUCUUUGGCCAAAAUCAUGCAGCCCUACUUUAUAUCAAAUAUUACCCACUUAUAGUCAGUGAUCGACGUAUAACAGCUUUUUGGUGGUCAUUGCCAAAAUCAGCAAUGAGAGAACAAGUCAGCUGUUGGCCAAUAUACAUAUAUAUAGUACAUAAUACUGAUUUUAGGUGCUGUUGUUUGUUCAUUAAUUUAAAUAUUUGACUAAAUACAACAAUUAAAUGGUGCUAACACGUUAAAACAAAAUCGCCCAACUUAUUAGUCACUAAACUAAUAUUCAUGGUUGUCUUAUCCAGUCACAUGUUUAAGUUGGAUUCCUAAUGAAGACAAAGAUAAUGGAUUGUGCUAUAGAUAGCUAGAUAUGGCUCAUAUUGCUGCUAAUACUAAAUAUUACGAUGCAAUACAAUAUUAAAACACGAUUCAAUGACUGUUUUGGAUUUUGUUUGCUGUUGAUGGGCGCUCAGAAAGAUGUGACAUCAUUUAGAAAAGAUGACUGUGAUUUCAGCUUCAUUAGGACCAAAGCUGAUGUGGUGUCAAUUAUGUGAGUCGACCCUGACCAUGCCAAACUACACCAGCCAGACAAAAUUUGUUUUGAAAAAUCUAAAAAAAAAAAGAUGUUGUUUUUGAAGUAUAAAAAACAGCUACCACUGAAGGAUGUUAUCGCUUUUUAGAGUCUCGGUCGUAAAACAGCAUUUCCAUAUUUACAGUGAAUAUGAACAGUUUGUAAAAAAGUUCAUUAUGACAUUAUGACAAAAAAGUGAAUGAAAAAUAGAGAAUGUAAAGCUAUUCAGUCCAAGCCAGCUCUUAUUUUGAAAAGCCAAUUGAAAUGUAAUUGACCCAUAAUAAAAACAAACAACUUCCAUUCGCAGUGUUUUAAAAGCUGCCCUAAAGCCUUGAACACAAACACAGUUUUUAUCUAAAGAGUUAGUUAAACAGUUCAUUAACAUCAACUUUAAGACGCGUCCCUCUUUAGAGCCCGUCCUGGAUACAGAGUCCGAGUCACACGAACAUUCCUUGGGUGGGCUUGCGUCCCACUUCUCUUUGUCCCUCUGACCUCUUCCCACACUGUGAUUGUCAUAUUCGAUUGGUUGCCUACUCAGUCAAAACACUGUCAGAGGCAAAUUCAAGACAGAGAAAGAGAAAGCGAGAGAAAGAGAGAGGGAGAGAAAAGCCAUUUUCCUGAGGGCUCGCUCUCUCACCCCUUGACAGAGAUUUGAGAUCUGUGGCCUGGCUGGGCUCAAAUGGCUGAGCAGCACAUUUUACUCACUGGCCUCAGAUUGGUUGGAUAAGCUGAAACCUAUCACUCAAAGGGCUGUCAAUCAAGUGCCAAAGUUUGAACCAAGAGAGCAAUCAAUAAAUUGUCAGAAAGAUCAACAACAAUGAUGUGGAGUGACUUUGGACCCUCUGUUGAGAAACCGUUUGACCUGAAGGGACAAGAAAAAUUGAAGUCAUACAGCACGGGAGAUUUAUUUUUAGACUUUCCAAGAUUAAUUUAUUUUCUCGACUGCGUCUUCACUCAGGUAGAUGAGCAAUAAGACUCCAUCAUUUAUAUUACCCUGGUAGACAAUAGAUCAGAUUUCGGUAGGUUCUGACUUUCUCUGUCAGAAACUGAUUUACCAAGAUACGAUAAGCGCAACACAUGCAAGUUGAUGAUGUAAGCACGAGUGACGAACUCGCAGCCAUAGCCAACACAAAGCAGAAUAGCAAACAAACAUGGCCGAAGGUAAUGAAGAAGACAUUUCUGAGCAGCUCGUUGUUGAACGAUGCUCCACAUGAGGGAUUUCCUUCAAGAUUUGAGCUUAGAUGAGCGCAGUCAGGUAUGCCUGACAUUGGACAGAGGAUCUGCUGCUGUUCACUCUGUGCAACAAGAGUUUUGAAUAAAUGUUGAAAAUGUUUUCACAUUUCACCAAUUUUCUCCAAACCAACCACUUAAACUUGUGGUUAAAUAUCUUAUUUGACUGAGCCAACUGGUGCUCUCAAGACAGAAUGAGUCCAAAACAUAGAAAGGAAUUAUAAUUUUUUAUAUCGGGACUUUUAUCGUUAUCAACUACAACGGAGCAUUAGGGCCACAUAAAGAUAAAAAAAAUUAAGACCUCAUAAUUACUUACCAUAACAAAGUCAAAUUACUUACGAGAAUAAAGUCGUAAUAAAAAUCAUUACUUACAAGAAUUUAGUCAUAGCUACUAGCUAUUCUACGAUGGAACAUUAGGGACACAUUGAGAUUAAAAAAAAUUUAAGACAUCGUAAUUUCUUACAAGAAUGAAGUCGUACCUAAUAGCUAUUCUGACCCGUUGUUUAAAUGAGCGCUGUGGAGCCUUUAGAUGAGUUGAACUUCAGUAGCCAAGUUUCACAAACAAGAAGAUACUAAAUUCUUUGGCACUUCAGCAUCACAUUGUCAUCAAGUAUCAGGACAUAUGCAAGAAAUGCAUCUUUUCUGCAGAAUCGCUGUUAUAUGCAACAGCAUACGGCUUUAGUUUAUUGUGUGAAUCUAUUUGCCGUAAAGUGUUGGUGCCUCUGCAGGUGGAGGUUGCUGCUGGUGUUUUGCCGGCAUCAGAGACAGACGCGGUGCUCGUCGGAGCUCGACUACCUCUGAAUUGCAAAUGUUGAUCAUCAGUUGGAUUGUUUCUUGAGAAACUGCAAAAUCCCUCUGAAUAACCCACUGAUGCACCUACAGAUAACUCUGCAGUCGACCAGUUCAGACAUUUCCUCCUCCACAAAAGCAGCUUUAAGACUUCAUUUACUUUACGACUUUAUUCUCUUAAGUAAUUCUGAGGUCUCAAUUUUUUUCCUCUUAAUGUGGCCCUAAUGCUCCGUCAUAAUCAGCAGAAUGGCAAAACUUAUCAUGAUCAUCCAUAGAUUGUCCACAUGCAAACACGCCAAACUGUUAUUAACCUUUCCCAAACUUCCUUCCCUCUCCGUUUUUCUCUCCUAUCUUAUUUCUUAUCUUCCUGUUUGUGUGUGUGUGUGUAAACAAAGUUAAAGACCUUGUUAGCAGAUGUAGCUAUAUCAUGGAAAUCAAGUGUCACUGCUUCUGCUCACUGGGGUUAAAUUGAGUGGAAGGAAGUCCCUAGAAUUGAGUUACACCACUAUUAAUCCAGUUAGAACUUUCCAGAUCAGUGACUUUGUUCAUUAAGGGCCUUCAAAGCCUUAAGUCUAUUAGUUACAACAUGUCAAACGGAGUCAUUUAAAAGCAGCUCGGGAGCCAUGUCCUAAUGAAUCAACUUACUAGUGUUAUAAAUGACUCUUAAGUAGGACUAUCACUAAACAGACACAAAGGGGAUCCUUCCUCCUGAGGUUGAAAAUGCCACAAUAAAACACACACACACACACACACACACACACACACACAAAAACACACACACAGCCUUCAAAGAAACCAGUGUGUCCAAUCAACAAAGCGAACCAACACUUCAUGAUAGUCCAAUUCAUGUAGCGUCCCAAAUUUUUAUCACCAAAUGUUUUUCUCUUUUCAUUUUCCUCUUGUGGGUUUUCGAGACGUUGGAGGAGUUGGAAGACUUGUUUCCAUGACAACGGAGCUCGUCAAACACACUAAAAGUAUAUAUGAUUCCAAGCAUUUUUUUUUUUUUUGUGAGGACUUGUGUAAUACCCAGUGGUGCUGGCUUCGCCCGCCCUCGCAAAAAUUAGCUGAUUUACUGGCAAAUAAAAUACCGGACAGAUUGACAUCACUCUAUAGCCGCCCCUCCUUCUAUUCGCCGUCCAUUACCUGCCUUUAUCCCUUCCAUACUCGAUCCCACGUGUCUCUAAAAAUGCAUUCAGGCUUUCAGUCUCCUCCCACGCUUGUAUUUUGGCUAUCUAUUCCUCCUUUAUGACAGAUUUCCCUUUCAGCUCUUAUUCAUCCUUCAUUUUCUUCAUCUUUACGUCCGUCGCUUUUAGUGGAUGUGAGGUGCUGUGCUCUUUUAUGCUCCGGAACCUGCUGAGACCAUAAAGAGCACAUGAUGGCUUUGCACUGGCUGUUCUCCAAUGCUGAGUAUUAAUACGCAGCGACACCAUAAUGUUCAGCGGUUACACUCCUCUAGAGUCUGGAGACACUGCUCUUCAAGACCUGAAAAUGACUGAAAAGGUAACACCAUGGUCCCAUAAUCCCAUGUGACUAACUUGCACCUGCAAUUCAGUUUCCUUUUGAAGAGUUUUGUAAAAUCUGCUGUAAAAAAAGAGGAAAUUACAAAUGUGGGGCAGCCUGAGUUUAAUACAACUCCUGCCUUUGAUUAUGCUAAUAGCCAAUCAAAAUGAAAGACCCACUUCCGUGAAAAUCAUGUUUUUCUUGUUGUCUUCAUGUUCAUAUGGCAAUUUUCUGAUACUAGAGGACAUAUCAUGAGAAAAAUAAGUGUGAAAUUGCAUUUCGGAGUAUUUCUGCUUUCGCAUUACGGGUGAAUCUCCGGCAGACUCAAACAGCAGGCUCAGAUUCAGUAAGAUUUCUUACGUCACAAAUCCAAGCUCCGCCCCCAGAGCCACACUAUGCAGCCCAAUCUCGGAGAAAUAGAGAGGACGAUCACGAAACAAGCGUGUGUGAUAGCGGUUAGCAGUGCUCGUAAGAAAGCCAUCGUUUUCUACCGCUUAUCCGGGUCCUGGUUGCGGGGGCAGCAGCUUCAGGGGAAGCGGCCCUCACCCUAGCCUCUUCCGCCAGCUCCUCCGGGGGGAUCCGCAGGUGCUCCCAGGCCAGGCCAUAAGGUCUCCUCCCGGUGAGACAUGUCCGGAACACCUCUAACGGGAGGCGUCCAAAAGGCAUCCUUACCAGAUGCCUGAGCCACCUCAACUGACUCCUCCUGACGCGGAGGAGCAGCGGUCUGAGCUCCUUACCCAACUCUUAGGCUGAGCCCGGCCACCCUGCGAAGGAAACCCAAUUUGGCCGCUUGUAGCUACGAUCUUGUUCUUUCGGUCAUUACCCAAAGUUCAUGACCAUAGGUGAGGGUCGGCACGUAGAUCGACCGGUAAACUGAUCCUCGGUUAUGGAAACUGGCUCUUGCAACAUGGAAUAUAAGAAAGCUAAUUAUGAUAUUAGUUUUCAUCAUGUCCCCAAAGACGUUAGUGUCCGAGAGCUGAAUAGCUCAUAUGUUACCUGCCACUUCUACUACGCCGGCAAUGUUAGACUACAAGCUAGCAUGAAGAGGAGUGUGCAGAGCAGCGCCGUCUCCACCUCAGAAGAAAAGCUUUUAAAAAUGACACAGGUGGCGUGAGUUUGGCGAAAACUGUCAUUAUCACAGUUUAAAGACCACUGAGAACACUUAAAGUGGUAAAAAACAACAAAAACAAUCAGUUGGGACUUUAAGGACAUUAGUGUGACACCAAGUAAGUGAAACAUAAGCAUGUAAAGUUUAUUAAUGAACCGCCGUUCAAGGGCAGACAUCACAAAGUGAUUCACAGCGAAAGAUAAAGAAAUGAAUCAACAGGAUUAACAGGAACAGACGUUAAAAACAAUUACUUAAAAGCAGACCGAGACAGGUCAAACAAAGGCAACCAGACAAAUGUGCUGUUUUAAAAAUGUCCCUGGAACAGAGUUAACACUUCUCAGUUCGAGUCAAACAUCUAUUAUUUUUUAAACCCCAAACACACAAUCUCCUUUAGGUUUGAGUCUGUUUCAAGAAGCAACCAGCCACAACUCCUCAGCCACAAAACCUCAUAACUGAGUUUUAAUCUAGAUUCUGAAUCUAGCUCAAACCCUAAACACACCCCUGUAAUUAAUCGUAAGUGUAGUCUGUUUUCCAUUCCCCCAAACGUCCAUUAAGAGGCUUGAUUAUCACCGUCUUAAUUUGGCUUCAUCUUCUCAGAGAGUAAAUAACAAAACAGAAUGUGAACACUUUCUUCGUCCAGUUUCUGAUUUAGCUCUCGUGUGGGCGAGUGUUUUGCUCCUUGAGGGAACACAAAUGGCAAAUGUUGUCAGUGAACAUUUGCAACUGAGUUGAACGUGAACAUCUUGUGACAUGUUCCUAAAAAAAAAAACCCCUGCUGUUUCCCCCCCUUGGAAAAAAAUGCUAUUUAGCUAAUAGAAAUUAGCUGAGCGGCGAUGAAAGGGAAGGGAAAUCUGGCAUAAAUAUGUGACUAAGCAUCACUUGAUAUUUUCAUAUCUCCUGCCGCCAUGCAUUCCUGCAACAAUAUACCAACAAACCAGUGAAUGCCCUACUUAGCAGAGGGUGCAGUGCAGAACAUGGUCAUGUGUGGGUUUUACAAGAACCGAAUAUACACUGACUGUGGCAUAAAAAUACCUCACAUUUCUCUACAGUCAAGUGUUGCACACAAUCUUUUUCCCUUCUUGAAAACUUGAACUCGCAUCAAAUCGGUCUUAGUGAUUGCUUUCUUGCUUUAAUGGGCCAUUAUUAUUUAUUUUAUUCCAGUUUAGCACAUGCCAAAGUUAAUUACAAAUGAGGCAGGUGUUCAUUUUUAUUACUUUUACAUGUCUUUUGUAAUCUUAUCAAACAAAAAAUGAUCUAACCUGAAUGUUUUGACAAAAAGACAUGCCAUAAAAUGCUCAGAAAAACAGAAAUCCAAAGGUAAAUUAUACGGAAUAAAUAAUGCUGACCUACUUAUUUGUUGUUCCCUUUGCUGUGAUAAUGAACACGGGGAAUGUAUGAUCAUGCAGCUUGUGUAUGCAGAUGCCGUAAAUCUAUCCGAGUUGUCCUGUUCGGUUACGGAUAACGAUCAUUUAUUCUGCUCUGACUAAUGAGAACAUUAUAAUCAUCCUUUAUGCUUCAUGUCACAGCACCCAGCAAGCUAUGCCAAAAGCAUGUGAAAAGAGAGUGGGAGGAUGAGGAAUCGGUGAUUCAUCCCUUAGCGCUUCAUCAGAAGUGAGGAGGAAGAGUAAGAAGAAUUUGUAAUUUGGAGGGGAAACGGUAAAUAUUUCAGGACACGUGUAAUUACUUAGCACCAGCUUAUGAACACAGAGCUAUAGAAGGUAAUCGAAGACAAAUCUUUACAAAACAGUGGACCGGAACGAAGGAGAAAAUUUGGCGAGAGUGAUAUUUCUUGAUGCUGGGAUUGUUAAUUUUCACAGUGGACAUUAUUGGCUCAUACCUUGAAAUAUAUCUCACUCAAAAUGAUAAAAUAAUCGCACAUUUUUGCAGCAAAUUCUUCUCCAAAAACAAAAUCCUUGUUAAUCACUAAAGCAGGGGUAAAGAUCAGUCAAAUUAAUCUCUGAAGCAAUGAAAAGUAUUUGGCUGCUUGAUUGGAGGAUUUUGAUUUGGAUGUCUGCUUUUGAAGUUGACUUGAUAAAACUAAAAGUGCACAGAGGCAGGAAAUUUGUGGUAUGACCUGUUGGUCACGAAAAUUACAGGAGAUGAAACAACUUUAAAAGAAGAGUCUGAAAGCAGCAGUGUCUAUUUUGCUGGUUGGAUUGGAAAUUCGUUUUCUAUCAGAGGUACCAAACAAACCAAACUUGUAAUAUACACGAAGAUAGAUGUGAGAAAAAUAAAGACACACUUUACCCAACUAUUGAUAUUAAGGAGAGGAGCAUACCAAUAAAUGGAGCGUUAUUCGCUGUAGCACAUGACUCUUGAAUACGCAGUCAGGGGUGUGUCCAGAGGGGGAGUCAAGGGUGGAUGGGCCCCCUAUUUAAUUUGAAUUGACCACUUAAGAUCCCACUAGUUGUCUUAGCAUUAUUUUUUGUACUCUAAAUUGUAGAAAUCAUCAUCUCAGCACUUCAAGAUGAGGCUUUGGAUUAUGAUUUGUUUCUGAGUCUUUAAAAUUGUACGGUUUAUGUGUUGCCUCCCAGUUGUUAAAUCUUUACAAAGAAUAACAUCUGCAUUUUACUGUGAUGUAAGAUACUAACAUACUUUCUUACUGAUCACCUGGCUUUGUUGAGUACUUGUUAACCCUCAAUGAUGGGUCUUUAUUCUAAGUUGCAAGAGCAACACCCACGACAACCUGAUCACACUUCAUAUCAAAUCAACAAAGCUAAUUUUUUUAGAUCCUGUCCUGCAAUCCACGCAAUGGCAGCAGAGCAAAUCUUUAGUUUUUUUGUUGUAUAUUUAGGCUUUUAUGCCCUCAUUCAGAGAGGACAGGACACUUAGAGAGAAUAUGGGGAGUGACAUGGACGAAAGGGGCAGCAGGUUGAAGUUAAACCCAGACUGCCAGAAACCGCUUGGCCAAGCUGUUACCCAAGAAAAGCAUCUCUAAGAGGCAUCUGAAUUAAAACAAAUAGGCAGGCUAGCAUUUAAAAGUGACUUAGCGGCAAAUUAAAAUCACUAUUUUGUUUUACUUUAUAAAUAUGAGAAUAAAAAGAAUAAGUAUACAUGGAGCGCUACAAAACGACAACACAAAGCCACAAACAAAUCCUCAGCAGUCAUGAUGACUUUAGCCGCAAAGGACGACAAAACCACGACCACAUAAGGAGUCAAUCAAAAUCUCCUCUCUUCAUAUCAGAGCGAAGAUUUUCUUUCGCUUAUCUUACUACUGAUUUAAUUAAGUAUGUUUUUAUUGUUCAGAGUCCCAGACAUUUCCCAGAUGUUUGCUCAGCAUGAAGGAGCAAUUUCCAAAACUUAUUUUCUCAAAUGGUUGUCAUCAUUCGGAGAGUCAUGCUACAUUUCCUGAGGAUUUUGAGGACUGGCUGCAUGCAUGCAUGCCGGUUCUGCGGCUCUUCAAAGAUGGAAAUGUGUCUGUUUGUGUAUAAUUUGCAUGUGCCUUUUACAUAAACAUGUCUACUGUCAUUUUUGCAUAUUUUAUAAUUCCUGCAACGAGCCAGCUGUUUGUCAUGAAAGCUCAGGUUUAAUUUGUGAGUGUUUGCUGCUUUGGCUGAUGUUAUUUGGUGUGUAAACAUCUGCAGUCGCCUGUUCUGUUGUGUGAUGAGCACCGCAUCGUUAGAUAUGCUCUGACCCAGUUCCUCUGCCUCUCUGCACAGUGUCUUGUUUCAGCUCUCAGCAGCUGCAGUUUAGAGAUUUGGUUUUUCAGGGGCUGACAUAGACUCCUAAAUAUGAGACACUUUGGUUUUAAAACACGCAUAAACGAAAUACGGUUUGUGCAUUUUCAUUAUUAAUUUUAUUGUGAGUGCUUGUGCAUCAGUCAGGCAAAAGAAAGUUGAUUUUACCUUCAGUUGGACUACAUCAGUGUUUCAUAACAAAUGCAUUUCUCUGCAGCAUCAGUGAAAAAAAAACAACUCUUAACAACAGCAACUACAUCAUCUGCAUUUAUAGAUUACCCUCAAGAAUACCAGCCGACUUUCAUACCUCAGUAAAGAAAUCCCAACAACUCAAACUUCAUGUUUUUCUCUCCCUGCAGGAGUGACCACUGUCCUGACCAUGACCACACUCAGUAUCAGCGCUAGGAACUCCCUCCCCAAAGUGGCCUAUGCCACAGCUAUGGAUUGGUUCAUCGCCGUCUGCUACGCCUUUGUCUUCUCGGCCCUCAUUGAGUUUGCCACGGUCAACUACUUCACCAAGAGGGGUUACGCCUGGGACGGAAAAAGUGUGGUGCCAGAGAAGGUAAUGGAAAUUUUGGGUUUUAACAGGACUUUGGCAAAAUAUGGUAAAGGGAAAGUCACAAGAUGUCUAUUUCAGUUAGGGUUACCAUAUCGUGAAUCCUUAAAAAGAGGACACUACUAUGCAGGGUGAAGCGGUAACCCUUUCGUUUACGAUACACUUAUUACCAGGUAAUUAACAGGUAAUUACCUAGUAACAAUAUGAAAUUAUCUGGUAAUUACAUGAUAAUUACUAAGUCAAUACUGUCUAGCUACCAGGUAGGUAACCUUCCAUCAUCAUACAAAUUUGAAGCUGAAUUGCUCUGGUAUUUCCAAGUCUUUCUCCCCUUCCUGGAACCACGGCUUGCGCAGUAGCAUUGUACGCAUUCGGCGGGUGAGUCGCUGUGAUAAUGCUCGGCUAAAACAGCGGAUCGCUACGCAGUCUUCGCACGCCCAUAGGCUGUAUCAAGUGUCAAUCAUAGAGAAUAAGAACCCCAAAUAGCCUUUGAAAAUGGAGCUGCACAGAAAAAGGAAAAAAAGAAAAACUAGACAGUAUUGACUUAGUAGUUAUCAUGUAAUUACCAGAUAAUUUCAUCUUGUUCGUAGGUAAUUACUUGUAAAUUACCUAGUAAUAAGUGUGCCGUAGACGAAAGGGUAACCGAUGAAGCUGUACUUGCGCUAGCACUAUUUUGAGGGUUUUUCGGGUUGGGUCAAGUGUUUUUAAUGCGCUAACUCAGUUAAACACAUAUUCUGAAUUCCCAAAUAGACACUUAACCUAAGGUGACCAGACGUCCCCUGUUUCCAAGGACAAUCCCUGGAAAUAGGGGACCAUAUAUGACAGACCAUAUCGUGAAUCCCCCAAAAGAGGACAAUUCUACACAGGGUGGAGUUGCGCGUGCACUAGCAACAUUUUGAGGGUUUUCCGAGUCAGGUCAAGUGUUUUUUACACGCUUCUAACUCAGUUGAACACAUAUUACAAAUUCCCAAAAAGACACUGAAGUCCCCUAUUUCCGGGGACAGUCCCCAUAUAGGAUGACCUGUCCCCGGCUAAAGCUGUCCCAGGAAAUGUCCUUGAUUUUAGUGUUUCAUAAAUGAGAACAAAAAUGUUGCAUGUUGAUGAGAACAACGGUUAUUGCAGUAGCCAAGCAAGCAUGUUGCGCACAGUCCUGAACAACGGUUUUUACGAGGGGUUAUUGCGGGGGGACGUGCGCUGCUACUAAGUUGUACCGAGAUGUUGUCUGUGUUAAUGCAGCCCACGCUUGCCCUGGUCACCUUAACUUUACCAGGCCUGCUGGAGAUACCUACAAAACCCCGGACAUUUGCAGGAUUUUAUAAACUCCCCACAGAUAUCCCCCCAAAAGAGGACAUGUAAAAGAGGACGUAUGAUCACCCUAGUUUCAGUGUUACGCUAACAUAUUGCAAAACUAUAAAAACAGGGUAAUAAAGGAGUAGACAGGGAAAGGAAAACCCAUACAAUAAUAAAGUGAAUGAAAAAUAACACUCCAAACUGCGUAUCUGGAUUUAUGAUUCACAGAGUCAUCGAAGAGGACAGUUAGCACUUAGCAGUGCUAGGCAGGGUACAUUUUGUUGUUGUCGCCACCUCAUCUCAUAGAAAAUGCAAUUUGAGUUACAUGACAUGAACAUUAAUAGUUUAGUGUUCAUCUUGUGCUUUCUGCUCCACUUGUCUCUCUUGCUGCAGUUAUCAGAACCACACUGUGUUAUAGCCCGGCUGGGUUGGAUGGAAAAAAAGAAGUCUCCUGUAUUAAUUUAAAAUUACUGAUUUAAUGCCUCUAUUCAGAUGCAUCUUAUCAUGAGAAAAAUGAUGAGAUGACUCACUAUUUACCAGGAGUCUGGAUGAAACCGCGAGCAAAACAGUUGACUUAUAAUUAUAUGCUAAGAAAAAAAAGUGUAGGUAUAAAAAGCCAAAGCUUCAGCCCACUCUUAUUGGGUUGAUAUAUGCGGCUGUUCUUUUUCAUUUAAUCGUGAUUUUCCCUCGAAGAAAAGAGCUUCAUGUCCACAAAUGGUGCAAACUCAUAAAUACAUGCAAAAGUCUGAAACCGAUGAAAAUAGGCUGAAAAUGAAAAAAGGGGGUAAGAAAAAGCCAAAACAUCUGCAUCAACAGCAAAUGUGCUACAAAUACAGAGUGUCCAACCAAACACGCAUUAAGCCAGAAAACAAAUUCAGUCAGUUUGUUUACAAGUCUGACUGAAACGGGACUUUUUAAAUAGAUGUAAACACGUUAGUCUGACUGAAAUUACAAUUAAUCGAACCUCUCAUAGUCAUAAUAACUGUAGGUAUUCAGCGGCUUAAGCUUUAGCCUGGAAGUUGAAUAGCAUAGCUGUGUUGCUAGGAUGCUGGGUCAUAAACAAAACCUCAACAAAAGAAGAAGAAACAGCAAAAAAGAUAAAGUUGUCUUAUUAUGCAUUGAAAAGAUACAGAGCUGUAAGUGUUUUAUUGUUGCGAUAUGCUACAUUAGGGCUGGGCGAUAAACUGAAAAUUUACAGAUACCGAAAUUUACGAUAAUAACUGACGUCAUGUUGCCCAUGUCAUGGCUAGAGGGAAAGACAGGUAAGGAGAUGGAGGGCGGUUCAAAAGUUGUAGUGGCUGAAGUAGAUGAAGUUAAUGUGGGAAUGUUAAAGCCCAUUUAUCGUUAUCGAGGUGAACUGCUCAAUAUAUUGUGAUAUUGAUUUGAGGCCAUAUCGCCCAGCCCUAUGCUAAUUCAUGCAGUAGGUCAUAUGAGUGUAAAAACGAGUGUAAAAGGGGCUGCUUCGGUAGCGGCAGGACUUGCUUCUGUCAAUAAUCUGUAAACUGGGACAAGUUGUUAGCGUAGCUGAACUUCAUUGAGCGUGUAAACAUACAGAGUGAGUCUUUUCUGGACUCUGAUACUGUGGACGAUAAAGGCACUGUGGUGAUUGUACAGGAAUGAAAGCGAGGAGGCGGGGUAGCACAAUUAUUUCCCCAUCUCCAGAGACCAAAGCUGGGGUUUGAUGAUGGCAGCCCAAAGAUGUUCAUCGCCAAACCCAGCAAGAAUUCCUCUACAUUUCAGAGAGCAGCUGAUAUCAAAUUAUAUGCCACUAUCCCAUCCAAACAAUUAAUACAGCCUCUUGGCUUCUCCAUUCUAUCAGUAAUGAAGCAGCCUCAUUUGAGUGUCCUCACAAACCUGACCGCCAUCUCUUAAACUUUGUGUCCCCCUAAAAAAAAAAACAGCAAAAGAAGAAGAAGGAAUCCCUCCUGAAGAGGAACAACACCACAGCCUACCCAGCUGCCACUGCUACAGCCUUCGCCCCCAAUAUUGCCAGAGACCCUGGAUUGGCCACUAUUGCCAAAAGCGCCCCGCCGCCUCCAACUGAGCCCAAGGAGGAGCCAAAGCCCAAGCCUCCAGAGGCCAAGAAGACCUUUAACAGUGUGAGCAAGAUUGACAGGAUCGCCAGAAUAGCCUUCCCUCUGCUCUUUGGAACCUUUAACUUGGUCUACUGGGCGACCUACUUGAAUAAGAAGCCCAAAUUGCAGGGGGUAACUCCACACUAAUCCAUGUUUCAUUCCUUUUAUUCAAUUAUAACUGUAAUUUAUCUUUCUGUUUUUAUUUUUCAUUUUCUUUCUUAUUCCUCCUAAAAAAAACAAACAAACAAACAGGUGUUUAUUUUCAGACAAACAUGGUGUCCAUGCUGGUUUGAAUCCCCAGUUGUUGCAUUGCUUCUAUGUUUACCUAAAGUUUGACUUUGAAAAAAAAAAACUAAAUAGAGAAAAAAAAAAUAAAGAAGAAUGAUAAUGACACAGACAUUUGAAAGGGUGUUGUUCAGGUCUCGGAUGAUGCUACUAAGAAAAUGCUACUAUUAAUAUAGCCAAGAGAAUGCUAUUCUACAACUGCACAUGGCCCAAACUUGUUUAGGGGCUUUUGUUUCUCUGUUUGGUAUCUUUUUUUGUUUUGUUUUAUUCAAACAUGGAGUCACAGACACGGAAAAAGGCACUUGUGUAUAUGCAUGGUCAGGGCAUCUUAUUAUUUAUAUUUAUUUAUUCAGAAUAUAGAUCAACAUCGACAGAUAGCUUAGUUUAUUUCAAAUCAGCAGCGAGAGGCUGUGCUCGGUCUCUUUCAAAUUGUCUUUAACUCUCUGUAGAUGUUUUAUGAGAUUAAUUAUGUCAUCCUUCAAAAUACGUUAGAGGUUUCUGCAGUAGCAAUAAAACAUGUCUCAGUGGACACAUCAUUUAUUUAGGGAUUAAAAAAAGAACACAAGAACCCGAUCAUCAUGUGCUCAGCGUUGAAAAUACUCUUCAGUUCCUUUCACAGCGUUGUAAAUAUUACAAAGUGUUAGAGAUGUCAAUAUUCUGUUUCAGCUUUGCAGAGUGUAACUAAAGGGUAUGUUUAUUGAAUACAUGGAAGAGUGUUUUUCUUUAUGUUUAAUUUCUGUUUCAGUUCAGAGUAUAUACUGGUCUAAUUCAUGCUUAAGUGACUGUUUCUCGCCAAGUUAGCGUUCCAUUCAGAAGCUGCUUUCACACAGAAAUUUCUCAACGAGUGUGUGUUCGAGCACACACUGAUGGCAACAGCAACAACAACAACAUCAACAGUGUAAACUGAGAUUGGCUAGUUAUGAGUAAGAAUGUAAAAAAAAAUCAUCUCAAAUCCUGGAGUAUUAAAAAAAACACUCAUUAUUUAUGUAUUUUGUUGGUUUUAUUUCUGGUGGGGCCUCAUUCGCCGAUAAAAGCGCCAUUGAAAAGUUAGCUUUGCUUAAAAAGAGGGCGGGGCACACUGAGAGGGAGGAGAAGUGCCUUUUCCAUUUUCAGAGUCGAAGCUUUUGAUUGGCUACCACUUUGUUGAACGAUGGCGCGUCUGUUUUUUGUUUUUUUUUUCCCAUCCUACCGUGUCCCCACACCCUCGGUUUGCCAUAGUUCUCAUUUCUUUUCGGUUCCAAAAAUUUGAGACGUAACACUCAGAAAGUACCAGCUACACUGCCUUCAGUAUCACACGCCCGUUUGGACUCAUUUGUUGCUGCUUGUCGGUGAGCAACAGCGAGAGACAGGGACAGAGACAGACAAAGAGAGAGAGAGAAAGGAGAGAGGGGAUGUUGAGUGGAAGUGGCACUGUAAUCUUACUUUAGCCGGCGCUGUGUUUCGCACAGAGGACUUGUCUUGUAGUUCUACGAUAGUGACGAAGAAGAAUAUAUUUUUGUAGCAUGAUGUCAAUCCCUCUUCCGAGAAAAAACCAACAGAAACUAACGCAGAUGUGAAAAGAAUGCUUUCCGUUUCUUUGUCUUAAAACAUCGCUUGCUCUUCUUUUAUUUUAACUUAUUGACAGAUUCUUUAAGGAGAUGCUUCUUCUCUGACGUGGCACGUUGAGGUUUCCGAACAGUCCAUUUUAGAUUAUGUUGAUGUAGCAAUAUUACUUAGCAAGGGCUUUUCUUAGGACCUGAACCUGACACUCAGUUUAGGGGGAAAAUAUCCAUUGUAGCUUUACAUUGACCCCUCUCUUACUUGUAGUUUUAUCUGUGUAAAUCCAGGAGCUACUUAGACGAACAGUCAUCACGUUGUGUGUCCAUCUUGGGUUCUGAGACCUCGGCUCCUAGAGUGGGGGUGCAUUGUAUUGCAUUGUGGGUUGAGGGCGUGCUUCUUUUUUUUUUUCCCAAUAUGUUUCACAGGGCGCUGAGCAGGCCGAAAGGCAUGCGGGAACCCUGCAGAAUUCUCUGUGUGUUUGUGCGCUGGGGUGAGGAGAUCGAGCUAACGCCAGAGGGAAAACGAAAGACAGAUUGGAGGUUGUUGCUAUUGUUAUUGUUUGCAUUAUCAUUAUGAACCUUUUCCAGUAAUGGCGGACGUCUUUGCAAACCGUGUGCAAGCAGUCCACCAUUAACGGCCACUUAACUUACAAGCAGAGGGUCACGGAACUGCAAAGUUCAGGGCGAAGAGUUGUAUAAAGAUAUUUGAAUUCUAAACUAUUGUAUGUAUGUUUAUUAUCAUGAAGAAAAAAGUCUAUAUACAUAUGUAAAAUACAUAAUGCAUACAGUAUUUGAUUCUAUUAAUGAAGAUAUUAGCUAAGAUGAUGAAUAUUGUUUGUAUUAUCAACCUAUUGUUAUGCAUUUUGCACAUUUAGAAGAACAAUAACAUUACAUUUAUGUAGUCAGCUUCGUGCUAUGCAAGGACAGCUUUGAACCACAUCAUUGACCUUCUUCUCUCCCUGACCAUUGUGUUUCAGAUUUACAAGCUAUUAUUAAAAAAAGAAAAAGAAAAAAAGCUUAGCUUUUCUAUCAGCUGCGUACACAUUAGUGUUCUUUUGUUUUUCUUUCAACCAUGGCUAUACAGGGUGUCAUCAAAGAAAAUCAGUGGAUUAUCACUUAUGUUUGCGCUUCGGAUUUGUAGGUGGUUGAAGGGAAAAUGGCUUUCAUUGUUGAUUGCACUUUUUCUCCAAACUUGCAAUAAAGUGAUGGAACUGAAAACAAAACAAACAAAAAAAAAAACAAAAAAACAGGAGCAAAAACUGUAACAAGAUCACCUUGUUGACAAUAUUUCUGUUCAUUUCUUGAGCUUGUCUGUCAUUACGAAAAUGGAGGCAGGUGAAAUGUCCCCUUUUUGCUAAAUGGAUCAUUUUGUUUCUGCUUUGCUUUCCGAAGCUCAACGAAAUUGCGGCGAGCACCCGGGAGAGUUGACUUUGAGAAGAAGAGAAAAAAAAGUGAAUUUUGUACAAAUUUCUGUUGGGAAAAACCUUUGCUAAGCCCCUAUCUUGUACUCCAAGCAGGAUUGAAAAAAAAAAAUGCUUUGUACCAUUUGCAAAUCUUUUUAGGGCCAGGUCUGGUUUUGCUACAUUUACUGCUCCAGAGAGAGAAUGUGAAAUAUGAGGCACAGUGCAAUCAUGAGCUUCCAACUUUUACCUUCACAGUCAUAUGCAGAGCCAACAUGUAAAUAUCACAUUUGUAGGCACAUCACUCGUUUAUUUCCUCAUGUUUGAUGCAAGGUCCAUUGCAGUUCUCAGCAGCACUUGCUUUCCAACAUCGAGUCUUUGGUUAUUCCUAGAUACCUACUGGAGUUUUUUUUUUUUUCUUGUAUUUUUAUCAAGCAAAAUAUGUUCUGAUUUUCACUGAAAUGUAAAAAAUAAACUAAUUUUCUAAAGCACAAACCUUGAUUAGGGUUAGAGAAACCAGACUGAGACUGUAUACAUAUGGACAAACACGCUUUCAGAAUGCACACAGUACACACACAAAGCCACACACAGUACACAGGAAUGUGUUGGUCGAUCAGUGAUACUGACAUAGGGUUCUGAUGGAUGUAGAUGAAAUGGUGAACCUUCUGUAAAUGUUUUCUUUUGUUUCUUUUGGUUAUGAUAUGGCCCUGUAGAAUCUGAUUCUCUGCAUUAGUCUUUAAAUAAAAAGAAAACAAAUGAAA